AACCAGAGAACAUGAUGCCUCUUUGCAAGUCAACUCGUGUGCUUUCUAGCUGAUAGAGGCACCUCAAGCUGAAAUAUUAGAGCUCUAUUGUAUUGGAGAACGUGGUGUGACAGCCCCUGGGCUCAGCAAAUGGCCUGCUUCGUAUCGCCGCGCUGACGGAUAGAGCGUCGCCACAUCGGCGUCCAAGCUGGCAGGGCGACACAGAAAUCAACUUUGUCUAUUUUUAAUGGACACGCUUCGAGCGGCGGCGGCGGCGGCGGCAGAAGCAGCAGAAGCGGCGGCGGGCGGUUUGUUUUCCUCUCGUCUUUAUCUGUAGCUGCUCGAGCAAAAGAAGAAGAAGGGGGGAAAAAAGCAGCACCGUGUGUCUGUUGGUGAGAGAGGAGCCCCUCGUGUGUCCCCCUCCUCCUCCUCCUCGCUCGUCUGGCUGCCUCCUACUCUUCCACAAACAGUCCCGUUUUAGAACAGCAUGGUCAUGGCUGACAGUGUCCAGAAACCGCUGAUCCGGGGUCCGGUCCGAGUGGGCUUCUACGACAUCGAGCGCACUUUAGGAAAGGGCAAUUUCGCUGUCGUCAAGCUGGCCCGACACCGCAUUACCAAGACCGAGGUGGCCAUUAAGAUCAUCGACAAGACCCAACUGGAUGCUGUCAACCUGGAGAAAAUUUACAGAGAAGUUCAGAUCAUGAAAAUGCUGGACCAUCCUCACAUCAUCAAGCUCUACCAGGUGAUGGAGACGAAGAACAUGCUUUACUUAGUCACGGAGUAUGCCAAGAAUGGGGAAAUCUUCGACUAUCUGGCAAAGCACGGCCGCCUCAGUGAGCUCGAGGCCAGGAGGAAGUUCUGGCAGAUCCUGUCAGCAGUCGAAUACUGUCACAACCGAAACAUCGUCCACAGAGAUCUGAAGGCAGAGAAUCUGCUGCUGGAUGGCCACAUGAACAUCAAGAUUGCAGAUUUUGGAUUUGGGAACUUCUUCCAGCCUGGGGAACCUCUUGCCACGUGGUGCGGCAGCCCGCCCUACGCUGCUCCAGAGGUCUUUGAGGGACAACAGUACGAGGGCCCACAGCUGGACAUAUGGAGUAUGGGGGUGGUGCUAUAUGUGCUGGUGUGUGGCGCGUUGCCCUUUGAUGGGCCCACUCUGCCUGUGCUCCGACAGAGAGUCCUAGAAGGAAGGUUUCGCAUCCCCUACUUCAUGACUGAAGACUGUGAACACCUCAUCCGCAGAAUGCUGGUCCUGGACCCGUCGAAGCGUCUGUCUGUGGCCCAGAUUAAGGAGCACAAGUGGAUGGCUCUGGAUGUUCCCGUGCAGAGGCCUGUUCUGUACCAGCAGCCCCUGUCUGCUGAGGGUGAGGCGGGCGUAGGAGAAUACAGCGAGCAGGUCCUUCGCCUGAUGCACAGCCUCGGUAUUGACCAGCACAAGACCAUAGAGUCUCUGCAGAAUAAGAGCUACAACCACUUUGCUGCUAUCUACUACCUGCUGGUGGAGCGUCUCAAGGCCCAUCGCUGCAGCUUCCCCGUCGAACAGAGGCUCGACGCCCGCCAGCGACGACCCAGCACCAUCGCCGAACAGACGGUCGUCAAGUCGACCAGUGGUUCAGCCCAGGUGGGUUUGCUCCCGCAGGGCGUUCGUCUGUUGCGUUCCCCUGCUGUGCCCCAAGCCUCCUCCGAUGCUUUCACCUUCCCCCAGACUGCAUGUCCCCUGGAGCAGAAUUUCAUGGUGGAGGAUGUCAACACACCAAAAGUGAAUGGCUGCCUGCUGGACCCCUUACCUCCCCCCACUGUCCUCCGCAAGUCCUCCACCUCGUCGCCUAGCAACAUGAUGGAGACAUCGAUUGAUGAGGGCAUCGAGACUGAGGAGCCCGACACGGAUGAUGAUCCACCCCACCUGCUCUCAGCCUAUCAGACAGCUCGAUUCGGCCAACGGCGACACACCCUGUCUGAGGUCACCAACCAGCCAGGGCCUUCGAACCAAGGUAAAUUAUUCACUCUAGGCCACAACCCCUCCAUGGGCAGCGUGGACUCAGACAUUGGCUACGAUAUGGGCUCCAUACACAGUGACCUUGGUCUGCUUGAGGACCCCCCCUCUCUCACUGAAGUGGUACCAACCAACAGCUCUGCCCCCGGCGUAACCCCAACGCCUUAUUUGAGCGCUCGGCCUGCCAACCCUGCAAUGGCUGCCCUCACCUCCCAGCACAGGGAGACACACAACCGCUCGCCCAUCAGCUUCAGAGAAGGACGCCGCGCAUCCGACACCUCCCUCACCCAAGGUUUGGUCGCCUUUCGGCAGCACCUCCAGAACUUGGCGAGGACCAAAGGUAUCCUGGAGCUCAACAAAGUCCAGAUGCUGGUGGAGCAGAUGGGCUCCGGGGAAGGGGCCGCCAUGGGCCCUCUGGGACCACCGCACCACUUGCACAACCUCCUGGAGGGUGAGGCAUACAAGCAGCAGGAGGGCCUAGCUUUAUAUCAAGGUGGGCCACAGCCGCCUCUUCUGUCGCGCAGACAGAGUUUGGAGACACAGUACCUCACUCACAGACUACAGGCCAACGUCUUGGCUAACAGUCCUGCUAGCUGCCAACUUUUCUGUAAGGAGACUCCUCGAAGUUUAGAGCAACAGCUGCAGGAACACAGUGGAUGCAACUGCUCUGCUCGCAGACUGAACCAGAAGAGGAUGUACCUGCAGCAGUCACAGGGCAUGGGACUGCAGGCCUACUUCAACCAGAUGCAGAUAGCUGAAGGCUCCUACCCAACAGGCAGCCCUGCUCUGGACCCGGCGGCAUCUCAAACUUCCCCUCAGGGCCCCCCCAUGUCAGUCCCCCAGCCUCAGCAGCAGGGCAGUCCUCAGGCCUCGCCGCCCUUCAGCCACACCCAUAGCUUGACCCCUUUGAUGGAACCGGGCGAGGGUCUGGUUUAUGAACCCUACAUGAGCCAUCACCACUACACCCAACAUCUGCCUCCUGGAUCUCACCUCCACCACCAGCUCCACCAUCCCCAGCCUCAUGACGCUUCUGCCAGCGGCCUGGGCUUCAGCUUCCCAGCAGGCUGUGAGCAGCAGGCGCUGGGGCCUUCCCCUGAGGCUCUUCUCCCAGAGCAGUACGAUUUCUCGCUGGACCCCUCCUCGCUGGUCACUCAUGCUCAAGGAGAGGCUGACCCCGGAGCUGUGGCCGGAGUUUUGGCUGGUCCGGGCCCGUCAGACGGCCUGGGCCUGCCUGAGUUGCAGGGCUCCCUCCUGGACAGUGAGAUGAUGGAGACCGUGGACUCACAGCAUGGCUUCGUACUGGUCAACUAAAGCCGGCUGAAGGGGUUGAUAGAAAGCAGUAUUAAGCAAUGAGAACCUACACAGCAUUAAGAACAGAGAGAAUGGAGAUAUAAGUGGAGGCCAUAAGCGUAGCAAUGAGGAAGAAAGUGUUAAUUUUUGUACAACUAAUACAAACUUCAUUUCUUAGUUGUGAUGAACUCAACCUUUCUACCAAAAUCCUCCCUUAACCUACCUCCCUUUCUCCCUCUACUCCUCUGUUCUCGUUCUCAUCAGCCCUGUGAGGCAGGAACAGGCCCGAUAUGUGGCACAACGUCGAGCUUCGCCGUGCUGACGUGGCGAGGCUGCUGUUGUCACUUACGUUGUGCCACCUGUGAGGACUGCGCCGUGCAGCCUGGAGGAGGGGGGAUGCUGCACAUGCUGGUGGCUGCUAGAGUGCAUCAUUUCACCUAGAAAUGGUUUUGGAAGUGAACUAAUUUAGGACUGACCGAGUGGCAACCAAAAGCACAAAGGCUGGAAGUGCUUUUUGUAUUUAAAAUAGGACACCAUCGACAACAAUAGACUGGUUCUCAAAACACUUUGGUGCAUUUUUUAAAGAUUCCAGUAGAUAAAAAAAUAAAUAAAAUAACUGAACAAGAGAAAAUGGCCCUCAUUUAUCACGGUACCAUGAAUAUUACCACAAGUUCAAGUGUUAAAAUGUGUUAUUUUGUUGGUUUUAUAGCCAUUAUAGAAGUUAUUUACACACUAAUGUGCAAAGGCUAACAUGGAGUUCAUGCAUAGGUUUUAGCACUAGUAUAUACACUAUUCCUUCAGAAAACAGGCAACUUUUGUCAUUUGCCUAAGCAAAUAAUCUAAAUGCUACAAUUGUGCUUUUAACAGUGAUAAACUCGCUCCAAGCUGUUUUUGACUAAUGCGAACAUUAGUGUAGGCUACGUGACAUAAAUAUUUGUUUUGUUUCUUGUAGAAUGUAACUACUGAUCCUGAUUAAUUUCUUACACUACUGAACUGCUUUCCCACCUUUACCCAAUUGCACACACUUGCCAUAUUUCAUUAUGCUCAACACGAUGAGGAUAAUUACCAGUUUUUGCAGGCAAAAUGGCCGCGCGCCUAUUUAACAGUUGAAAUGUGGGUCAUGCGUUUGCCUGAUAAAUGAGGGCUGAUGGAGUUAAUAUGUUGGGUUGAGAAGCUGCGGUGUUAAACAGUCAAUAUUAUUCUAUUUUUGUGGCAAUACUGAAGCAAUAUUAAUCCUUAAUGUGGAGGGAUUGUAAAUGGAAGCCUCACCUGUACAGCCGACUCUGAUUGGUUCCCGGGGACCUCAGAGUUGUCAGCAGUGACAUCACUUGAGCUGAUGAUGUAACCAGGAGAUAAUCUGUUAUUCGUUUUGCCCUGAAAGUGCAGGGAUAAGCCUGGAGACAGCUGUAUGGAUGGAACUGUGCAAAAGUUUUAGGCUCGAAAAGCAAAGCGAGGACAUUUUCGAAAAUAAUGCCACAACGAGCGUUUAUUCGUCAGUUAACGUCAUACAAUGUGCAGUCAACUUAAAACAAAACAAAAAAAUGCCUACAUCAAAUCAAUCUCUGGUUUGACCACCCUUUUGCCUUUAAAACAGCACUGGUUUUUCUCGGUACGCUUGCACACAGUUCUUAGAGGUACUUGGCUGGUUGGUUGUUGCAAGCAUCCUGGAGAACUCGUUCUGUCUCAGUUGCUUCCGACUCUUUGUGUAAUCUAAGACUGAUGAUGUUGAGGUCAGUGAUGCUGAAUAAACACAUGCCUCCCUGCUGGUAUGACGUUAUGGAUAAGAAGCUAAAUAUCAAAUUUCUUAAAACUUUUGCACAGCACUGUGUGUGUGUUUGUAUGUAUGUGUGUGUGUGUAUAUGUUUGUUUGCACAAUACAGAAUUCAGAUUUUCUGCAUCCACCACAAUAUUCGUCGUCAUUGCUGAAAAAGACAAACACUGUAUUACAGCUUUCUUAAGAGUGACACAAACUGUGCUCUUGCCCUCAGUGCAGUUGUAGCUUUUAGAUUAACUCUGGUUUACAUCCUCAGUGCUCCAGUCAUGCCUCUGUGUUGUUUUAAUGAUGAAUCGUGUUUGUUAUAAUGGAAUGACCCCUUGAAGAUUCCCUGCAUUAGAUUUCAUGAAAGAAUGUUUCCUCUCUGACGUUGAGGCUGCUGUGAGACGAAGACCAGCAGAACAUCAGUCACCUGACACUGGAUUUUGACUGUUGGCUCACCACCAGUCUUUGACUGACAGCAAGCCAGCAACAAGACGAGAGAUUUUUUUUUUCUUUUGUUUUUAACAGCACUUACUGUGUUCAGUCUACUUGAAGCACACAGAUGUAUCUUCUCUGACAGAUGAUGAUGAUUUCAAAAGAAGUACGCUCAAUUGGAAUAAUAGGACAAUGAACGUCACAGGGCUGACAUGAAAUUAUUGGACUGUGACCAUCUGUGGCCUGUGGCCAGACUGUGUAACCUUCAGUGGUCGUGGGUUAAGCUGUAGGAGUGUUUGUAGUCAGAUUAGCCUUCAGACAAGGCAGUCAUUCUCAGUGUGUAGACUGGACUGAGCACAUAUCUUACAGAGUCCACAAUAAGACUCCUAAAGUACAGAGACUUGACUUUGACUGGGAGUCUCUGUAGUUGCAGUUAGCAGACAUUAGUGACGGCAAGAAAAUGUGGACCAACUGUGGUUGCAGUCCUGUGCAAGAUGUAAAGGAAAAAUCCACCCUAAGAUGCUUUUAACACAGUUUCACAACAGAUUAGGGCUGCGACUAAUGAUCAAGUAAUCUGAUGAUUACUUAGUUAUUUGUUGUUUGACCUAUAAAAUAGCUGUGGAAAUGCUCAUAGGAAAUCAAGGAUUUCUUUUGGGAUUAACAAAGUUUGAGCUUGUGUUAUCUUAUAAUUAUCAUAGCCAAGAUACUAUGUUCAGAUUGGUUUAUUUGUCUGACCAACAAUCCAAAACCCAAACAUAUUUGGUUUAUUGUCAUAGCAGGCCAUGAAAAUUGAAAAAUGUCUCUCACCAACUUAAACAAACAGUUUAACUCAAAUUGCUGACGAACAGUUACAUGUUUUCUUUCGUCAGCUUUAUGGUCUAUUAAUGCUGUCGGCAAGUUUUGCCGUCAGUCUCUCAGGAUCUAAGAGCAACUACUUAGUAAGUCACCAUUUGCUCUCACAUUUAACAGUCAAAUGGGCAGAGAUACUAAUAACUCCAGCUCCAAUGGCCUCAUCAGACCAGAGUGCAAUGCAGCCACAAGACAUGUUGCAAAACAGGUCUUGUGGCUGCAUUAAUAGUUCCGCCCUUCAAUUUACAAACUAGUCGGCUAGCUGGAUAUGUUUAUAUGGUCAUACACCCACAUUUUAUUGACAGGAAUAAGCUCACACCCAUUUUGUGGGUCAUGUUGAAAAUGUCCUUUUGAAAGAAAGAGCUGCACUGACGUGUGCGAGGCUGGUUACAGAUGAAAUAAUUAUUCUGGGGUUUGCAGAGCAUUAAAUUGUCAGUGCUGAUGGUGUAAGAGCAUCAGAGGGUGGAUUUCUUGCCUUGAAGUGAAUGUUUUGAUGAUUGUUUUUAUUUCAUUUUGUCAAUGGUCAGGCUAAAACAGCUACAGGAUGAUCUGUGGAAGUUGAAUACUGGAGCACUUUGACAACAAGGGGAAGAAGAGAUGUAGCGAGAGAGGAGGAGGUGACCGUGGUGGAGGUGGAAAAGGUUUGUAUUGCUCUGCUGUUUCCUGGCAGAUGAAACGAACCGUAAUCUGUAGGAAACACCUUUCUCCUCUCUCUUCCCCACCAAUAAUGGACACAAAACAAAUUUCUUUCAAAGAAAGACCAGACAUAGUAACACUUUAUUUGAUUGUUGAUUUUAAUCCAAGAAAGAGUAACACUUUUCAGUUUAUUAUGAUGAGUGUUCUUUGUACAGAUUAGGGGUGUAGUGAAUCUUCAGUGCGCGCUCAAGUUGCACCGAGGUCGAAUUUUGUGUUGGAAGUGAAUAGUGUUCAGUGUGCCUUUUACUUUUCGUAUUUUCAGUCUAAAUUAAGAUUUUGAAUAGCACCGUUAUUUUUGGUUGGACCCUUUUAUCAUUUUAUUUUAUUAUGAUUACUUCUUGCUUUUCUGUAUUUUUUUUUUUCUUUUUUUUUUUUCUGAAAGUAAGUAGAGCCAGGUUUUACAAAGGUACAAAACCAAAGUCCCUCAGAAGUUUCCCUGUACGACCCACCGUGUGGAGUUUUGGAGCUUCUUUGUCAGCUUCUCUACCGUGCUUUUUUUUUCUCGUUGGUCAAUCAGUGUAUGCCAUUUAAAAGUAUUAUAGCAAUAUUUCUCUAGUUGAAGACUAAAGUCAUGAAGAUUCUAGUGGAUGUGUUUCCAAGUAUCAUAAUUUCACCUCCUGCUGAUAAAACAAAACAAAAAAAAUCAGUCUAUCAAUAGAAAAUCCAGUUUUAUAUUUACCUUCAUUGAUGUUGACCACACAUAAGCUAACUUGCUGUUGAGAUUAAAAAGGUUUAUUGAACAGAA